AUAUCUCGCCUCACGUAGCUCUCGGCGUCGAUCGCUUUGUCCUCUCCUCCUGGUGAGGCAGAGUCACUUGCUCCUCUUCCCGCAGCCAUCUGGGAGACGAGAUAAUCUGGUUUACUGGAGUAUUUUUUUUCCAAAUUAACCGAGCGAGCAGCCAUGGCCGCGCUUGUCCUAAACACCGCCGCGGUCUCGCCGGCGCAUCCAAAGCUACCCUUCCCCACGAGCACCGUACGCCGACGGCGAACCAGCAGAUGCCAAGCUUCUUCCGGCGGCGCCAGCAGCAGCAGCAGCAGUAACGGCGAUGGAGGCGGCGGGGGGAGGAGCGCGCGCGGGUCGACGUGGGUGACGGAGUACGACCUGUACGAGCUGCUCGGCGUGGAGCGGUCGUCGCCGCAGUCGGAGAUCAAGGCCGCGUACCGGUCGCUGCAGAAGCGGUGCCACCCCGACGUCGCCGGGGCCAAGGGCCACGACAUGGCCAUCGUCCUCAACGAGGUCUACUCUCUCCUCUCCGACCCGGCUGCGCGCCUCGCCUACGACAAGGAGCAAGCGAAGCAGUCGGAGUUCGUCGGGUACACUGGGAAGCCGCUCUACUCGGCGUGGUUCGGCGGCGAGGCGGAGCAGCGGGCGGUGUUCGUCGACGAGGUGAGGUGCGUCGGCUGCCUCAAGUGCGCGCUCUACGCCAACAAGACGUUCGCCGUCGAGUCCGUCUACGGCCGCGCCCGCGUCGUCGCGCAGUGGGCCGACGCCGAGGACAAGAUCCUCGACGCCAUCCAGACGUGCCCCGUCGACUGCAUCUCGAUGGUUGAGAGAGCAGAUCUCGCAGCUCUCGAGUUCUUGAUGUCGAAGCAGCCGCGGGGCAGAGUCCGGGUGUCCGAAGGCAACACGGUGGGAGCUCGCGCACCCGACAUCUUCAACGAGGUGGACAAGUUCCAGAAAAGGUUCCAGGAGAUGAAGCAGAAGUCUUCCACUAGAGAAUCAGAGGAGUCGGAGGCAGCGCGGCAAUCCAGGAGCUCAGCAGUCCAGACGAUCAGGUCCAUCUCAAACUGGUGGUACUGGCGGCCGUUCGGAGCUCCGGCCACCACCGUACUCGCUUCUCUCCACCUGCCACCGCCGCCGCCCUCUCCUUCCAUGCCCGCCGACCCGGUGACGGACAGGCUACAAGAAGCGGCCGCUCGACGCAAAGAGGGGGGCGCCACGGCGGCGGCGGCGGCGACGUCGUACACCCGCCGCGACGACUACUGGACUCCGCAGUUGAACCUGCCGUCCUCAGCAUCCCCGCCGGAGCCGCCUCACCGGAGGCAUCGCGCUGCUGCUCCCCGCAGCCACACGCGGCGUGCAACCGCCACCGGUAACAGAGCAGCAGCCGGCGGCGACGGCGGGGCGGGAAUGGGCAGCAUCGACCUGACGGCGCCGCUGCUGAUGGCGAUCAUCUCGGCCGGGUUCGUGGGUUACAACAGGGAAGAGGUGGCCGGAGGCGGCGGAAUCCAGGAGCACGUCGGUGGCGCCGCCGCGCUGGGCCUCGUGAACAGCUUCGAGCUCAAGGUGGUGUUAGCCUCCGUGACAUGGUUCAUCAUCGGCGCCGCUAUUGCCGGCUUCGUUCAGUUUCUCGCGAGGAGCGAAGUGAACUUUAGGAAAUGAUGUGUUGUGUUAUGUCUGACAGAGGAUUACAUAGGAUGGAUAGUGCAAAGUUUAAGGUUUUGAGGUACAGAUGAAUGUAUAUAGAAGUUUACUACAUCAAGGAAUUUAUCUUAGGUAAAAAAAAUUACAAGUGCAGCGAAGUGCUUGGAACUGCUUUUAAUCCUCUUUUCUAAAAGGCAGUAAUCUCAUUUUGAUUUUAAAAUAAAUUUUAUGGGAUGUUUCUUCA